UUUAUUGAAUCAAAUAGUUUUGAAACAAACGGACGAUUUAAAUGAUAGGAAAGACAUCACCGAAAACCAGACAAACGAUAUAACAAUGAAAAGUAUUAAUUCAACGAAUGCCACAAACUUUGAGAAGAGUUCCGAUUUCUUCAAACAUCAGCUUUCAAGUUUUUCGGAAAACAUAUCCAACAAAAAGUCACAAAUCUUAAGCCAAACGUCAUCAGAAAGAAAGAGUAGUAUUGAUUUCGAUAGACAUAAUUUGGGAACAAAUAACUGUUCCGAUAGUUUGCCAAUUGUCUGCACUUCGCCCAAUGAUAGCGACAACGAUGAGUCGGCGUCGUCGACGUCGGCAUCGCUGAUACCGGCAUCGGUCAGCAGCGGUGUUCAGCGGUCGUCCAAAUAUGAACAUCGGAUGAAAACGGAAGCCUCGAAAUUGAAACUUAUGGGCGACGGCUUCAAAGCCCAGAAGACAACGGCCAGCAAUCAAGAGCUAAGACGAUUGCAGUCAAACGAUACAUCGUUUGAAGAGCGAAGCUCUUUGUCGGCACUGAAGUCCAAGUUAGAGGGCAACGGAUUUUCUGCUUCAAAGAUGGCAGCCAUACGUCAGGACCAGAAGCAGAUGCAGUUCGGCGAUACACUUCAUACGCACCAAAGUACAGCCAAAGCCAGUUCGUUGAACUUCUGUACGGACGACUCGAUCGCCCAGAAGAAGACCUAUGAGUCACAAAAAGAAGAACGAAUGGUCUCAGCUCACGGACUCAUUCAGAAUCAAAAGUCUUCGUCUCAUUCUUCUUCCUCUAGAUUCAUGUCGUCGUCGAAUUUGGCGUCAAAUAAUUUGCAAUUUUUGAAUCACAAUGCAAUUGAUUCGUCAGCACAACCGCUAAUCGAAGAACCAUUUUCGCCGACAAUGCUGUCGUUGGCCAAUGAAAUGGAUUUGGAGUUUGAUGUAUUGAGUUCGGCAGCCGCCGCCACCACCAAUAGUUCACUGAACAGAUCCAACAGUACCACUAACUAUAUUGGCAAUUAUGACGAAAGUCCAGACAUGAAGGGAUCAAUGGAUAAAUUGGAGCGAAAAAUGUCGAAUUUGGUCGAAAAGUUUAACUUAAACAGAGAUUCAGUGGAAAUAUUGACUGUAAUGACUGAUAUGAUACGGAAGGCCUGGUCUGUGCCACAGUGUGGCUACGAUUUGGGAUUCAAUAUGUCGAAGAUUAUUAGAGAGGGCGGCGCUCUGGAAAUACUUAUAAAAAAUUGCGAACCGGGUGUCGACUAUGAGAUCCAGUUCUUAAGCGCACAACUACUGGAACAGUGUUUAACUGCCGAAAACAGGGACUAUGUUUGCAAAACGCAAAACGGUUUGUCCGAUGUGGUCAACAUUGCGUGCAAGUGUGUCGACAUGAACUCUAUUGAGGAGACCAGAGUGGGAACCGGACUAUUGGAGCAUCUGUUCAAACAUUCGGAAGACGUUUGCAAAGAAGUGAUCGCAUUGGGCGGUCUCGACAGUAUACUGUUUGAAUGCCGCAGUACUGAUAUAACCACUUUGAGACACUGCGCCUCGGCUCUGGCCAACCUAUCGCUGUACGGCGGACCAGACAAUCAGUUAACAAUGAUUCAAUCGAAAGUACCGGUUUGGUUGUUUCCGCUGGCCUUUCACUACGACGACAACAUCAAAUACUAUGCCUGUCUGGCCAUAGCUGUAUUAGUGGCCAACAAAGAAGUGGAAGCAGCGGUUCUCAAAUCGGGAACACUUAACUUAGUCGAACCGUUCAUCUCGAGUCACAAUCCGAAAGACUUUGCCCAGAGCUGUACGUCACAUAUUCACGGCCAGUCCAAGAACUGGCUCAAACGACUGGUACCGGUGCUCAACAGUAACCGAGAAGAGGCCCGAAGUUUGGCCGCAUUUCACUUUGCAAUGGAGGCCUGGAUCAAGAAAACUCAAGAAAAAACAUCGGUUUUCCGUGAGAUUGGAUGUAUUGAGGCCUUGAAGACAGUGGCCGGUUGUCCAAACGCUAUCGCUUCCAAAUACGCGGCUCAAGCUCUCAGUUUGAUUGGCGAAGAAAUACCCCAUAAACUAUCACAACAGGUCCCACUUUGGACCAGUGAAGACGUAAAAGAAUGGGUGAAACAGAUAGGAUUUUGUCAAUUCGUUAACGAAUUCAUAGUCAGUCGUGUCGAUGGAGAUCUGUUAUUGCAAUUAUCUGAAGAUAUGCUGCGCGACGAUAUUGGCAUCAAAAACGGAAUCCUUAGGAAACGAUUUCUUCGAGAGUUAGAAAAAUUGCAGCGAAUUAGUGAUUAUUCUUCAUGUGAUUCAACAAAUUUGAAUUCAGUGCUCAAUUCAUUGGGCCAGGAGUUCUCCAGAUAUACCUAUUCAUUGAUCCAAAGCGGUGUCGACCACAACACACUCCGGUUCCUCGAUGAGGACAUACUCCAGAAUGAAUGCAAAGUUAAUAAUAGUAUACACAGAAUGAAAAUAAUGCAAACCAUUAGAGGCAUUAAUGAAAUUAUUCCGGCAAAUGAAGUCAAAGACAUGAACGAUAGGGUCGACAUUUUUGUCAGCUAUAGGCGCUCUAAUGGAUCACAAUUAGCCAGUCUACUAAAAGUACAUUUACAACUGCGAGGCUUUUCGGUAUUCAUAGACGUCGAGCGUCUGGAGGCCGGAAAGUUUGACAACAAUUUGCUUAGUUCUAUACGUCAGGCAAAGUAUUUCCUACUAGUCCUCACACCCAACGCUUUGGACAGAUGUGUCAAUGAUGUCGAAUGCAAAGACUGGAUCCAUAAAGAAGUGGUGGAAGCGUUAAAAAGUGAAUGUAAUAUCAUUCCAAUACUGGAUAGCUUUCAAUGGCCUGACGCCGAAGCACUUCCCGAAGAUAUGCGAGCCGUUUGCUAUUUCAAUGCCGUCAGAUGGAUCCACGACUAUCAAGACGCUUGUGUGGACAAAUUGGAGCGAUUUAUGCGCGGCGAGACUAAUAAGCUUGAUAUGAGUGCACAGUUACGUCUCAAUAAUAAUAAUAAUACUACGAUGGCUGUACCGCCCACUCCCAGCACACCAUCGAUUGCUUCGAAACCACCGGCAUAUCAUAGAAGUGGUAGCUUUGAUAGCGGAAGUGGAAAGUGCAGCGAAUAGUAGUAUACAGUACUGG